GACGGUUAAUUUCAGUGUAAAAAAGCCCGAACGGAGCCCCAGCUCGCCGGCAGAUCUCGAAGCCGAAGCCCGCGCCAUCUUCAUUUGAACAAAGAACGAAAAACAGUUUGUGAAGCCAAGCGAGCUUGCUUGAAGUGUUAAAGUUGUUGCAGUGUUUAGUGCUGUUUAUUUUUAAUUUUAGUUAUAUUUAAAACAAAUUUAGCAAAAUGUCUAAAGUUAGUUCAGAAGUAGCCGUAGAUAAAGUCUCGGAAGUCACAGAGAAGGACGGAAAUCACAUUACAGCAGAAAUCAAAGGAACGAAAAGGCCGGCCGACGAAAAAACAGAAGACGUCAAAAAACAGAAAAAGGAAGAAAAUGGAGAAGAGGAAGAACUAGAGGGUGAAGAAGAUGUGGAAGGCGAAGAAGAAGAUGAGGAAGAUGAAAUCGCGGAAGGCGAAGACGACCUAGAUGACGCCGAAGAAGAAGAAGAUGAGGAAGACGCAGAUGGAGUAGAUGAUGAAGAAGACGAUGCAUAAUGGAGUGAUUUAAGUGCAACGGACUAAAAAAUGUAUAAAUAAUUGCCAUGCCUGGCCGUCGACCUAGCCCCAGCAAGCAAGGCCUUUCCAGCUACUGGUGCUGGGUCGGCUUCAACUCAGGCAUCCCUUUCUGUUUAAAAAGUUUAUUUUAAAACUGUGGUUCUCAACAAAAAAUUCAAAUAGGGACUUAAGAUUUCAUUUUAAUUUUUAAUUUAUUGACCCAAGGAAAACUCCAGUCCUGUCCACUCCUUCUGACCAAAACAAAGCGAUGUCUUCAACGCCGUGGUUGCCUAUUCCGUUGCGGUGGAUCAACGAUUUGUUCCUUCGGUGACUCAGGUUGUGCGGUUGCUACUCUACAGUUAGCGGUCUCCAUCUGCAGUGGAAUUCGCAAUUAUAGUGUUCUUGGCAGGACGUGGCGCACCAACCGUCGUCCUGUCCAGUGGGGAUCUACCGGGAAUCUGAAAAUCGUUGUAUUAUAUUAAAAUAAGUGACGUCGUUGGUUUGGUUGACUCCAAGUUUUUGCCGGUAGAGAACCGCUCGAGACCAUUGCUUUGUUCUCUUCUAAAAUCAGUUUACUCCCCUCAUCUCUGGAUCUAGUUUACGAUUGUCCUUUUCUCUUUUUUUACGUCAUUCGAAAGUGUGUAAAAUAGCGUAGUUUUUAAGUUCCCUCUACUUUAUACUGUCCCUCCUUCUCCUCCCCUUUUUUAAAAUUAAAUUUGUGUUUGAUGUAUUUAGGGUUACAUGUACAAAUGUUGAGCUGUUUACUUAUAUUUUAAAUCUGUAAUUUUUCCUAUUUUAUGUCAGAAUGUCCUCCGCCAGGUUUUUGUUUUCCUCUCAUGAUUUUCUUCCGUCAAAUUUCGAAGAUAAUCUUGCGUUCCCUCAUGAUUCAGUGUAAUUAAAUUCAAAUUAUUGGCAAUAAUCAAUCUUUUGUUGUAAUCCGAAUGAGCGUUGAUCUUUCAAUCCUGAUUUUAGACAUAUUUUUUUUUCUUUUUUUAAGUGAAUGUGAAUGCGGAAGUAUAAAAUCAGGUUCUUUCUUAUAAUCAUCUUUGAGUAUAUGAUUUGGUCUUGUCCCCUUUUUUGUUUUGUUCCGGCUCCACAAUCGUUUUAUUUUACAAUGUGACAAUUUGCUUUGAAAGCAUUAAUCAGUUGCAGUUUUUUUUUUCUUUUUGUAUCUUUAGUUGUGUAGUUAUUUAUUUUGUCUAUUUUUAAAUCAAUACUCUUGUCAACACUUCAAGCCAGAUUUCAAAGAAAUGCAAUCUCUUUUCGUUUUUUCUGAAAAAAUAAAAAAAGCAGAUGGUAACUCUCGAUAAUGUUCCAAUAAGUGAUAUCAUUUGGCAGAAUUGCCAACCUAUUAAUUAAUAAUUAAUAAAACCAAUGCAUUUUUUUUCCACUUCAA